AUGUUCGACCCCCAGCACCGCGCCUCCUCCCGGGUGGCCAGCGGCGCCCGCUUCCCCCGAGGACACGCGUGCCGUCGGCCAACACCUGGCGGGAGGCGGCCUACCUUGGAGCCUGGGGUCAGGCUGUCCUCGCUCCGGCGUCUGUGGUGUCUCUCCUCCUCAGAAGCUCACGGCCGCUCCGAGCCAGCAGCUCCCUCAGGUAGCCGGCGGCGACGCCAGGGACGUCCAAAGCAACGCCGUCACCCACACCUCCGCCCCUGCGCCCGCCCCGGCCCCCUCCCCGGCCCCCUCCCCGGCCCCCGUCGCCCCCCCGGCCCCCUCGGAGGAGCCCUGCCCCCAGUCCCCUCCAGCAGCCCGCCACCUCCACCACUGAGACGCCUGCCUCCCCUGCGCCCCCCCGCCCAGCACCCCCCCAGCACAGGGGGCCGGCGUCGCCGGGCCGCCGGCGAGGACCCGGACGAGAAGAGGCGCAAGUUCCUGGAGCGGAACCGGGCGGCGGCGUCGCGCUGCCGCCAGAAGAGGAAGGUGUGGGUGCAGUCGCUGGAGAAGAAGGCCGAGGACCUCAACUCCAUGAACGGACAGCUGCAGAGUGAAGUCACCCUCCUGAGGAACGAGGUGUCCCAGCUGAAGCAGCUCCUCCUGGCCCAUAAAGAUUGCCCUGUAACCGCCAUGCAGAAGAAAUCUGCCUAUCACACAGCAGAGCGUGAGGACAGCUGUGAGGACAUGUCCAUCCCAGGCAGUCCCCUGGAGGAGGCCAUCCAGCACAGCUCCGUCAGCACCUCCAACGGGGUCAGCUCCUCCUCCCUGACCCCCGGAGGCCCCGCCCCCGCCGCCGAGCAGAGCACAGCGGAGGCCGAGCCACAAGGGGGCGGGGCUCAGUCCCAGCCCUCAGGAAGCUGAUUGGACGCAGCCUCGACACCUCUGCGGUUGGGGGCGGGUGGGGCGUGAGAGGGGAGGAGGGCUCUCCGCCGGCUCCAGACUGCACCUCCUCAUCGUUUGGUUUCCGUUGCGUCCACCUUUAUGUCCUUGAACGCAGCUCAGUUCCCUGAAAACGCAGUGGCCUGAGAGACCUGGGUGAAGAUCCAAGAGGCACUUUAAGUGUAACCGUGUAAAUAUGGUGUCGCAGUGUGAAACACGACGACUGUUUAUGCUUUGUUGAAUUUAUUUAUUGAUGUUUUUACAUGUUAUUUUCGAUCAAUCUAUGUGAUGUUGAAAAAGACCUUAUCAAAGUGUGUUUUGGCUCAACUGACAGAAAUGUUUUUUUGUAUUAUUUUUUGUAAGCAUUACAUCUUUAUGUUGGAAAAAAUAGUAAGAAACGUUCACUUUUAUUUCUGCCUUUUCCAUUUUGCACAUUCUGAGAGAUGAAAGGUUUACCUUUUUAGUGUUUGACUGUUCACAUGUUGAAUACUGGCAGCUUUUAGUAGUAGGUUUGAAUACAACUAUCUCAUGACAAGAACGUCUGUGGCCGAAUCAGAGUUUGAAUUCACAGCUUUUUUUGUGAGCGAGUAGUUUGGCUGUGUCUGCCAGUAGCAUGUGGUUUGAAUGUUUGAAGUCACCUCCACUUGUAAACUAGUCUUAAGGAGGAGCUUGAUAAAAAUUGUCUGGAAUUUAACAAAAAUACAUUCCAUCUGUAGACCGAUUAUUCCUGAAGCAGUGAUUGUAGGAUUGCAGUACGUUUUCCAUAACUUAAACAUGUCAAUGUUAACUAUGUACCAUUAAUGUGUCAAAUUCCUCACAGAUUUAUUUGAUACCAUUCUUAUUGAUGUUUUUUUUUUUUUAUAACACUUCUCUAGUAAUGGUUAUCAUGUACAUAAACGCUUGGUACAUGAAAGAUCAUACUUUUGAAUACGGUUUCUGCUGACGAGGUGACAUUUCUUUCGUGUUAGACUCAGAACCCACUUAAGGAGGCCUGUGUGUAUGCAGUUUCUCCUUCGCAUAGGUGCCAGUGACCGAGAUGACAUAAUUGGGAAACAUUGUAAAUGACAUUGUUAACAUUGUGUGUUAUCUAUCCAGGUGUUCUGCGCAUUGUUUUAAAGACAAGUUUAGAUUGUGUGGUAGAGUCCUAUUAGUAAGCUACCUUUAUGUUAUCCGUAAGACCUUACCAGACCUUAAGAUCCCUGAACAGGCCCGUCCAACCUGUACCUAAGGCCUCGUAAUGCUUCACAUCAUGAUACAAAGAUAAUAGGAGUAGAUCACGUUGCUGCUCCCUCAGUCUAAGAGAAACUAAAUUAGGACGUCUCUUUAAGUUAUACUACCACUUGUAAGCUUUGGGACAUUUAGACCAAGAAGCGUAGGUUGCUCAUCACACCAUUGAAUGGAUUCGCCUUUUCUCUUUGCACUGGCUUACUACUGUGUAGUCUGAAGACAUGCUGCUGUGUCCAAAUCAGCCAUUUCUGUUUCUUUUUGACGUGAUUUCUUUUUUUCUUGUUAUUUGCAUGAGUAAAUGAUUCUCUGAGAGAAUUAAACUGUUACGUAAAUGCUUCAGCCGGAUAAGUAACAUCAGCCAUGUUGUUUUUAAUUGGUUUAGAAGUUUCUGGAAGGUUUUUGUCAUUUGUUUUACCUCGGCUUUUCUGCUUCAAAGGGGUUUGACAUUGUGUUGGUAGUCAACUUGUAACUUGUGAGAAAGUUCUGUAUAAAAUUCCAUGAAUUAGUUGUAAUAAAUCUUUUAAUAUCUC